CUUCUCCUUCCCUUCUCCGUUCAGUUCCCAACACUUCUCCCAACUUCGAUUCCUCUUCUCUCCCAACAAACAUCUCUCGAGAUGCCUCUCUCCUCCCACCUCUUCAUCUUCUUCCUCUUCCCUUCCUUCACCUACUUCCUCGUGGCCCCUCAGAACCACUACAAGGUCGGCGGCGAUCUCGGCUGGCGAGUCCCCGAAGACAACAAUCCCGACUUCUACACAACCUGGGCUACCAACCUCCGCUUCCAUGUCGGCGACUCCCUCGUCUUCGAGUACAAGAACGACUCUGUUAUUCGUGUGGAGAAAAUAGGCUAUUAUCACUGCAACGAGAGCGGUAAUGGCACCCUGUUGAAGGAUGGCAGCGCCGUCUUCCUCCUCGACAAGCCGGGGUUUUUCUUCUUCGUCAGCGGUAAUGUUGAACAUUGCAAGAAGGGCCAAAGGCUUAUGGUUGAUGUCAUGGCUUCUCACGGUGCUCCGGCACCAUUUUCAGGGGCGCCGUCGCCAUGUCCAUCGCCGAACAGCAGCGCUACAGCAUACAGUAGCGGCGGCUCUGAUGCGCUUUUUGUGGUGUUGUUUGGCUCUUUAGUUUUGUUGAUGUUAAAAUGGAUUGUUGAGGAAUGGAACGACAAGAUCUUGUCUGGUUUGGCUUAGAGCUUUUAAGUAAAGAUUUUCUAUGGUUUUGUUGUUAUGUAAUGUUUGUGUUUUGAAAUGUAAGAACAUAGUUGUUGUUGUUUUUUGGGGAACUGAAGAUCUUGUCCGGUUUUGAGUUGCUUUGUCUUUUGUUUUUUUUGUAAUGUUUGAUGGUUUUAAUCUGU